UUGAGGUGAGGGAAGAGAGAAGUCCUCAGUGGUGCGCCAGCCGUCGGAGGGAGAGGAUAUACGCGCCUUGUGGUCAUGAAUCCGUGAAUUUCCCCUCCGCCGUACCCGUGACAGCUAGAGUGACCUGCUUCACCAUGACCAUCAUAGUGUUCCUCCUCGACACCUCGGCGUCCAUGAACCAGAGGACCUUCAUAGGGGCGCGACCCACCAUGCUGGACAUAGCGAAGGGCGCCGUCGAGACUUUCGUAAAGUUGCGUCAGAGGAGUCCGGAAAGCAGAGGCGAUCGGUACAUGCUGUUUACCUUUGAAGAGGCACCCAUGCACAUUAAGGCGGGGUGGAAGGAGAACUUGGCCACCUUUAUGAACGAGCUGAAGAACAUCAAGGCGACGGGACUGUCCACCCUUGGCCCGGCCAUCAAGAAUGUGUUCGACGUGCUCAACAUUAAUCGCAUGCAGUCAGGCAUUGACACAUAUGGCACGGGCAGGAGUCCCUUCUUCCUGGAGCCGUCAGUGAUCAUCAUCAUCACAGAUGGGGGGAAGCUGUCCUCGCAGCAAGGUGUGCUGGACGAUAUCUUCCCACUGCCCAAGGUUAACCUCAUCCCGGGGGCGGAGCUGACCAAAGAGAUCUACCGCUGGGACCAGAGGGUGUUUGGCCUGGUGCUGCGACUCACAGGCACCCCGGCGCCGGACCCCAUGGGCCUCGUACCCAGCGAUAAUUCACCACUGGACAAGCUGUGCGAGCAAACUGGAGGUCGGUCAUACGCAGUUCGCUCCCACAGGAUGUUCCAGCAGUGCAUAGACAGCUUGGUGCAGAAGGUUCAGAGUGGAGUGGUUAUAAACUUUGAGAAGAUUGGCCCUGACCCACCUCCUAUCAACUCUGACGGCAAAGAGACACCCGAUGUCAUAGAGGUGGACAAGGAGAACCAGCAGAACAACAUAGAGACCAACGGUGGUGGGGGGCUCGGGGCUGGGGGGCUCGGGGGUGGGAUGCUCGGUCAUAUGCUGCAGAAUGGUGGCCGCCCCCACACCCCUAACUCAAUGCCUGUGCCUCCCCCCAACCCUCCCAGCAAUGCCUGGCACAACUGUCGCAAGAUGAUCUAUGUGCCGCGGCCAGCCCAGAGAGGAAGUCCCUCUGGGUUCUGGCCAAUACCUGAAUCCUUUUGGCCGGACACCAGUACUCUCUCCUUGCCGGCAAGAAGUGCCCAUCCCAAUGUGAAGUUCACCUGUACCAGCCAGGAGCCGAUGGUGAUAGACAACUUGCCCUUUGACAAGUAUGAGCUGGAGCCGUCACCACUCACUCAGUACAUCCUCUCCAGGAAGCAACCCACUGUCUGCUGGCAGGUAUACAUCCCAAACAGCAGCAAGAACAGUGAUGUGGGACACCCGUUUGGGUACCUGAAGGCCAGCACCACCCUGCAGACGGUGAACCUGUUUGUCAUGCCCUACAACUACCCAGUGCUGCUGCCGCUCCUAGACGACCUCUUCAAGACCCACCGUCUCAAGCCCACCAAGGAGUGGAGGAUCCAGUUUGACAACUACCUCCGCACCAUGCCCCCUUACUAUGCCAAUCCCCUGAAGCGUGCCCUGGGGAGGAUGGGAGCUCCUAACUUGGUCCCUGACAACCUGGACAACUCCCUCAGCUUCCAAGUCACAAACCACCUCAAGAAGCUCAAGAAUCAGGCCAAGCUGGAGUAUGAAAGAAUCUGCCUAGAGGUGGAGAAGAGGUUAUCGCAAAGUAGUUGUGUCACUCAUGAAGGGAUCCGAGUGCAGCCCCCCCUUGGCAGGCACCUCAUCUCAGACCAUCUCCUGCAAGACCAGUUGGGUCACCUGCGGGACCAGGUGACAGAAUACCCAAGUUUCGUGCUGGCAGUGAGGGAGGGGGAGGUCAGCCCACAGAUGUACAGGAAUCCUUUUGACAUACCCCGCUCACAGCUUCUCGACCAGCUCACCCGCAUGAGAGCAAACUUCCUACAGUCCUCCCUGACGCUCCUUCUCACAGACCGAGACCUUGACCAGCUCCACUGUCGCCCUAUUAGCCAAAUGGGCAACUACCAGGAUUACCUGAAGAAGAUGACACCACCUCUGAGGGAGAUUGAGUCAACGCCUGUCAGGCAGCAUAUGUUUGGCAACCCCUUCAAGAUAGACAAAAAGAUGUCGAUGAUGGUGGACGAGGCAGAUGUGGACCUGAUGGGGGCCGGUGGUGCCAACAGUGGGAGCGGUCGGGGGUCCAAACGGCCGGCCGAAGCACAGGUGCCCGUGGGACGGCCCAACAAACGGCGGCGUGGACCACUGCCCCAUGACUUCACCCUGCAGCGGGUCAGGAAGAGCCCCAGCUCCACCCCCAGCACCAGCCCUGCCUCCACCCCCAGCUCUAGUCCUUGUCCCUCCCCUAUCCCAUCCCCUUGCCCCAUGGACUCCCCCUUGCCCCCAAGGAUGGAAGAACGGGUGGAGCCCCGGCCAGAACUGUCCCCCAUUCCCCCAAGACCCGAGAGACCCGACACGCCAGUUUUUCAGCCGGGGGCAUGCUAUGCUGUGGCACCUCCCCCCAAUGCCAGCUAUUCCCCUGGCAUCCCCAGUGUGUCCCCACCCGGCUCCCCGAAUCCCGCCAUCCCAGCCUCCCCGGCACCCGUGGAAGAGCGACUGCACCCGCUGCCGGCCGACAGCCACCCCAUGCUGAAUGGAGAUGUCAUUCCACCACCACCCUCCUUGCGAGAUGAAGAGGUGAGCCAGAGCAGCACCAGCAGCCUAGAAAUAUAUGAUGCUGAGUUUGAGACCCUUCCCCCGCCCCCGAGCCUCACACCGCCCCCGGAGCCCCCAAGCGAGGAGCUGCCAUUGGAGAAGAAUGGUGUUUUGCCCCCUACUGAACAGAGGAGAGGACCUACCACCACCACUAGUACUCUCACUACUAUGACCACCACCUCCACCACUUCUACUACUGCUGCAACUACUAUAAUAACCACUAGUACCACAACCACCACCACCACCAGUCCGGCAACCCCUAUCGUCACUACCGCCACCGCUGCAGCACCGCCAUCUGACACGCAGGCUACCAAGACCUACAACAAGGAGUUGAAAAUGAAAUGCUUCAAGCUGGUGAAGAAGCCUGGCAGAGACUUCCGGUCACUGUUUGACCAGCUGAACACGGUGCAGGGUUCCUACGAGUCCCGGCUCAGGAUGGUGAAGGAGGUGGUGCAUGAGGCAGGCAGAUUCAAGCGGCACUCUCUGGUGAAACUCCUCACUCAGUUCCUAGAUUCCAUGAUGACCUCAGAGAAGGGAGGUGUGGCAGCAGCGGCAGCGGCAGCAACUCGGGCCAGUGUGAGAGUUAACGGCCACAGUAGAUAAGAGUGGUGUGCUCAAAGCCAAUGUUGAGUGUGUGGAAUAGUACAAUGAGAGGAGGGCAACUGUGCAGUGUUCUGUGCGAUGCAUUUUUCCAGAUGACUCACAGACAGUGAGGAAAGUGACUUAAUAAGUACAUAGCUCUGGUGGUCUCUCUGCCAGAGAGAGUAAGUGGCACACUGUUGGAUAGAGAGGAGUGCAUCUUAUUCACCAAAAAACUGAAUGCAAAAAGUCAGGCAAUGUCUGAAAAUACUUACUAUUCUGGAAGGUACAUUACAUUUUGUGCACAUUCACUGCCAUGGCCACAUUUGAGUUGAAGUGAUGUUUUAUGUACUGUAAUUGAAAUUGGAAGACCACACAUCUGCAGCAAGGUGUUCCUGCUGUUGGUUUCCUGCAUCAUGUGUAAAUGUGGCACAGAAAACCUCUAUAUAUGUUAUGACAUGAUAGCACAUAACAUCAGGAUAGAGAGGAGUUGAGGAUCUGUGUCAGGAGUCUGAGUGGCUUGCUUAGUGUUGAUCUUAUUCAUUGCUGGAAUUGAUAUAUCAUGAUACAGUACUUUUAUAUGACCAAAAUACUGUUACUUGUUUAAAUUAAUUUUAUUAUUAUUCAUACUUGCAGGUUUUAAUCCCUUCCAUCAGGACCUACCCAGUGUUUUUUUUGUAUGUUCUGGAUGUGUAAUAUUAGGCCAGAGAUAGAGAGUGGCAUUACCAAUGGAAGAUAAUGAAUGAUACAUGACAAAAUGCUCUUAAUUUUUUUUUCUUUUUUAAGGUAAAGAAAAUUUGAGAUUUAUAAGUUAUGGGAUUUUUUUCUAAUUUGUGUGAAUGAUGAACCAGCAUACAGUAGUAAUGUACAAAGGAAAGCAAUCAAGACGAUGAAUGUGGCCAGAAAGUAACACAUGAACUGUGGUGGAAACUGCUCCAUGUGUGUGUGUGUGUGUGUGUGUGUGUGUGUGUGUGUGUGUGUGUGUGUGUGUACUCAGACCAAAUGAAAAAUGCUCAUUAAUGGGCACUUGAGUGAAUAUGAACACUGCAGCAUUCAUGAGACAGAUGGAUGAGAGUUAUUCCAGAAUUGCUUGUGCCAGUGGUGUUGUUUAAUAGGCUUUGAGUUAUGCAAGCCUGAGGGAGAGGACAGCAGUGUGUGGUGGGCCUGAUAGGUCUUGCAGGCAGGUGCUGACUUCCUGUUGUGUGGUGGAUGCUGGCUAACUGGCUGUUGGCUGGCAGGCAGAGGAAUGUAACCACUAUGCCUCAAAUAAUCAAUCUGGAGUAUUUUUGCUACAUAGGACAUGAUUUCUGUAGCCCCUUAACUUGUAAAUCUCCUAUUUUUACAUAUAAAGAGGUAUUCUGGAAGGAAAGAUUGGAUAUUGACUUCUGCAUUAUUUUUUUAAUAGAGAACAUAACUCUAGUCAGUGGACAUUACUGAACUUACAUUGUAGCCUGACAACUGAUCAAUUGCCAAAUGUUGCAUUUUCAACCAAGACCUUCAUAAAGCUUCACUCCCAAGUGGAUGACAACCGUGUACAGUCACAUGACAAACAUUUGCUUUGUGAUCGUUUUGUAAAUAUUGUGUAUAUUUAUAUUUUAUAUAUGCAAAUACAGUUGAACCUCAA